AUGAAGCUGCAGCAAAGUGUUCUGGCCGUCUGGGUGUCAGUGAUACCUCUCUGUUUCGGUCUCACUCUUUCUCCAGCGACGGGUGGGCUGGCGAUGGCAAGGAUAUUGUUCGGUGGUUCUACAGAUGUCUUUGCUUCAUCAUCAGGUUACUCUGGAGACCCAUCUGCUAUCAGGCCAUUUACUGAUGGCCCUUUCGGGAUGGAAAAAGGCAUCAUUCUAUCAACUGGAAGUUUAACCUCGCCUUUAGCUCCUGGUGACACUUGCCCGAACUCUUACACUACCGAUUUGUACGAUGCCUAUACCCAAACUUACUGUGGCGCGAAUUCCUACAACGGAGCUUCAUAUUUGUUGAACAUUCUUCCAACAAAGGCUACGACACUACUCGUUGAUAUAGUCAUUGCAAGCUGUGAUAUCAGCUCGGGUGACAGAGUUAUGGUCACGGCUAACGGUGUUAAUUACGCAAAGGACGAGAACGAUAUUCCCUUGGAUUCUUCAUCAAAGUAUCUCAGCGAGCCCUGGGGCAUACCAGCACCUAAUGGAGAUACGGCAUUUGCAAUGUCCUCCCCAUCUCUUCGAUUCUCAAUCCCACUCCCAAAAACAUACGUUGAGCUGAAAAUUGCCAUAUGUGACCGUCUGGAUGGCUACGGCGAUACUGCUGUCAUGAUCAAAGCUCGACCCUGUAACAACUGCGAUCAACCUUUCAAGGUUGAUUACGACACAACAAGCAUUGUAUCUACCACAACCUACGAAACCACUUCCACAAUCACGCAGCAAGCUUCAAGAAUAGCCCGCGGGACUAUCUCCUAUGUUACAUAUAUAACUGCCUCUGCUACCAGUACAACAUCAUCAUCCGUAUCCGAUUCUACCUCAGCAGCAUCUUCAGCAACAUCUUCUGAAUCUGGUCUUUCAACCUCAUCGACGAUAUCCACAUCAUUUAUAACCCACGAUUACAUCAGCCACGACCUCAGUGUUAUCAGAAACGGCAUCAUCGCCAUCUACAUCGUCAAUAUCCGCAGAAACUACAUCUUCAACCGCGUCAUCAGGAUUGGAAUCAGAAACUACGCGGCACACAUUGGAGUCUACAGCAGCUUCUGUCUCAACGUUCACAACAUUGUCACUUCAUACAACAUUCCUGAAAUCAGAACCUGUAUCAUCAACGACAGAGUCAGCAUCAUCGUCAGAAUCUGCAUCAGUUCCUACAUCGGAGGCCUCACUAGAGUCCGCAUCAACUGA